UCAAUUUCAUAUUUCCUAACGUCUUCGAAAAAAGAAGUCAAAUUACGCCGUAUUAAUCAUUACGAUGAUUUUAUAAAGCCUAAAAAUGGCUAUCCGAGUUUAAGAAUCAUAACCGACGAUGAUAUCAAGAAAGACGAAUCUAUUGUUCUCGUGACUACAGGGAAAAAUCACUUAUCGUACAACAUUUCUUCAUUUGCAAACGAAAAUUUUAAACAGGUGGCUUUUGGAAACUAUAGUUUAGUACACAGAGGAGGACUGGUUUCGAAUAUAUAUCUUAUGCCAGCGACGAUAUAUACACUCGUCAUACGUAACGACCAUGACCACGGCCCGGAAUUGAAAUUGUACGCUACAGACGAGGGCAACUACUUGCACAUUUUGUGGCAAACACCCCAGUACGUGUGUAUGAUUAUCGCGGAUGUGGUUUUUAUUGCCACGACCAUUGAAUUUUCUUUUACUGAAGCUCCACCUAGAAUAAAAUCGUUCAUAUCGGCAUGUUACUCGAUGACUCAGUCAAUCGGAAAUCUAAUAGUCGUUAUUGUGUCGGCUUUAUCAAUACGCCAACAAGUACACGAAUAUCUAUUUUACUCCGGUCUAAUGUUGGCAAACACGUUUUUAUUGAUUUAUUUGAGUCAUAAUUACAAGUACAAAGCUUUUAGACAACGACUAAACGACAACGAAGACAACGAUAAAAAUAUCAUAGUAAAUCAAAAUGAAAUUCAGCUCGAUGGAAAAUAAUUAUCAAAUGAUUUUUAUAUAUAUAAAUGCGCUGUCUAAUCGCAUAUAAGGCUUGAUAUUUUAAUCUGAUAAAAUCCACUCCUCAACAA